AUGUGUGUUGACACAUUCUUCUUCACCCUAAUCUGUUUCUGCAACGGUGAAUUCAUGCACUGCAAUGGAUCCAUCGGAGACUGCGAUGAAGCCGACGAGAUGUUAAUGGAAUCAGAAACAAGCCGAAGGUUUCUCGAACAGAAGAGGUAUAUAUCUCCCGGCGCUUUGAAAAGAGAUCAGCCGGUUUGCCCCGCCGCCUCCGGCGGCUGCCUUCCUCAACCCUCCAACCCUUAUAAUCGAGGCUGCUCCAAGUACUAUCGUUGUAGGUCUGAUUCGUGA